CAUCAUUUUGUCCACAGAUGCUUAGUGAAUUCAUACAGAGCGAGCUGUGUGAAUAUCUCCACCCUUGAAUGUGACUUCACCCGCAUUCCACAAGUCAUAUAUCAGUUUGGAAAGUAUACAGGCAGAGUGCGGGCGCAGUCGGGGACAGAGACCUCCGCCUGGGUGGAAAGUAACAACAUUACCUUGGACAGAGACACCUUCAUCACUUCACCCAAUGUCUCUCUCCUCUCCAAUGCUGCUGCCAUCGAGGUUAUCAUUCAAGAUCCAGUGUUCAGGAUCUCUUCACUCAGAGCGCUUUACAGCUCAGCUACCUACAACAUCACCUACUGGCAGGACGGCCAGAGGCAAAAGACCAAGAACAUGAGCAACAUCCUGCAGAACCGGGUGGUUCUCAGUAACCUGGAGCCCUGGACCAGGUACUGCGUCCAGGUCCAGGUCAGCACCAGGAGGAGGCCCAAACACCUCAGCCAGCCCAGCACCGCUGUUUGUGAGAGCACCACCAUCGAUGAAGAGGCUCCUUGGGUGGCAGCCGUGGUGACGUUUGUCGUCACGGCGAUGGCAGUGGCUCUGGUGGUGAUUGCGGUGGUGUAUCGGAAACACAUAUCCCGCUUUCUCUGUCCAAAAGACGAACUGCCUCGGCACUUUAAUGAGGACCUGACGAAACGCCCUAACUCGUCCUGGUACAUAGCCAUAGCCGAGGAGAUCUUCCACCAGGUGAGCAUCAUCCCAGACAGCAGUCCUGGAGGCAGAGUGCCCUCUGGAGGCAGAGCCGCCUCACAACACACAGACAUAGAAGCAGGGGGGGGGAACCGCAGAGACAAUGAAGAAGAGCUGAUCUGCAGUCAGGUGAGACUGUAACAGAUUAUCAGCAGGGACACUGAGAAAAAGUGGAAUCAUGGAUUCUUGCCUGACAUCAGAGUUUGAGCACAUUUUCCAGGAGUCCCAUAUGAAACAGUGAAGAUGGGACAUGGCAGAGCGACAGGAAUGAUAGCUCAUCCUGCUGAUGUUGUUCAUGUGAUGGAAAGGUGUAAUGAUGCCCUCAUUUCACCUCAUGCUGGUACCCACACAAGUAUUCAUGCUGCCAUGGUCAGGGUCGGGAGGAUUAUUUAAAAAAAAAAGAAAAGUAAUUGCUAGUUAACUAUACACGUUGUAUUAAGUAACUUCAUCUGGGUAUUGAAAUAUUAAAAUAAUGUAACCCGAUUGAUGCUUUCCGUUACUCUUGGAUUACCUAAUUGUCAAAUACAGGCUAAUAAAUAAAAGAGAAAAUAAAUAAAUAUAAGAUUUUUUUUACUUAAAGGUGGGGUAAGUAAGUUAGAGAAACCGGCUCGCGAUACACUUUUUGUUAUAUUCCAUGGAAUGCUCUUAAGCACGACCAAUAAUUUUAGCCGGCCCGGUUAAAU